UGCUGGAGGGAUUGUAGAGAGAUAGGCACGUUGUAUCAUAUAUGGUGGGAGUGUCCAAAAAUACAAGUAUUUUGGAAGAAAAUAGUUCACUUGGUGGGGAUGAUUACUGAAAUUAAUGUUAGAUUAGAGAUCUGUCUUUUCCAUAGUACAGAGCUAUCAGUAAGCUUAUAUAAGGAUUCAGGUAUAUGGUUUUUUUUAAACGCAGCAAAAGGCUUGAUACCCAAGUUUUGGUGUAAAAAAGAAGUGCCGAGGGAAAAGGAUUGGGUAGCUAGAGUGAACCAGAUUUGUGAGCUGGAGAAACUUUAUUAUAUGCAUGUAGACAAGAUGGGGACAUACUAUGUGAGAUGGAAAAAAUGGGAAGAGUUU